GGCCCGGCGGUGUCCGCCCGCCGCUGCCGCUCCCGGCGGGAGGGCGAGUUUGAGUCGCGGCCGCGGCGGAGCCGCCGGGCGGGAGGGCUGAAGGUUUUGAAGCAGAUGUUGGAAGAUGUUAGCUGUGGAUACUGGGGUUGUGGAGGAGUGGUUAUCAGAGUUCAAGACACUGCCAGAAGCAUCCAUAUCCAGCUAUGCUACCUGCUUGAAACACAAGACUGCUUUGAUUUCAUCUCUUUACAAGGUCAUUCAGGAGCCACAGAGUGAACUUCUGGAGCCAGUUUGCCAUCAGCUCUUUGAGUUCUAUCGCAGUGGUGAGGAACAACUGCUACGGUUUACGCUGCAGUUUCUGCCAGAAUUGAUGUGGUGCUAUCUUGCUGUCUCAGCCAGCAGAGAUUUGCAGAGCAGUGGAUGCAUAGAGGCUCUUCUCCUAGGAGUUUAUAACUUGGAGAUAGUUGACAAAGAGGGACAUAGCAAAGUGCUGAGUUUCACAAUUCCAUCUUUGUCCAAACCUUCGGUCUAUCAUGAACCUUCCAGCAUUGGCUCCAUGGCUCUGACUGAAGGGGCUCUGUCGCAGCACGGUCUGUCCAGGGUUGUGUACAGUGGACCUCAUCCUCAGAGGGAGAUGCUGACAGCCCAGAACAGGUUUGAAGUGCUGACUUUCCUUCUGCUCUGUUACAAUGCUGCCUUAAGCUACAUGCCUGCAAUGUCUCUUCAGUCAUUGUGUCAAAUUUGUUCAAGAAUUUGUGUCUGUGGAUACCCUCGCCAACAAGUGAGAAAGUACAAGGGAGUCAACAGUAGGAUUCCAGUUUCAUCUGAAUUCAUGGUGCAGAUGCUAACAGGGAUCUAUUACGCCUUUUAUAAUGGAGAAUGGGAUCUGGCUCGUAAAGCUAUGGACGACGUUUUGUAUAGAGCACAGCUUGAACUGUAUCCAGAACCUCUGCUGGUUGCUAAUGCAAUAAAAGCUUCACUGCCUCAGGGUGCCAUGAAAUCUAGUAAAGAAGGUACAAGAUGCAUUCAGGUUGAAAUUACACCUACUUCAUCCAGAAUAUCAAGAAAUGCUGUGACUAGCAUGUCUAUAAGAGGGCAUAGAUGGAAAAGGCAUGAACAACCAGAGAAUGGUAAUGAUGCUCCUGAAUUGGGCAACUUUAUCAUACCUGAGAUUAGUGUCACGAGUGUGGCUGGAGAGAGGACCGGGAAUGGGGAAAAGAGCAGAGCUCUAGCAGACAAUGAUGUUCAGCAUUUACAGGGAGUACAGGAAACAGCUACAGAUCCUAGAACUGACAGCAAAGGCAUGCCAGAAAUCAGGAGGCAAAAAUCUAUAAUUCUGAUUUAGCAAUUGAAGAAGAACUGAUAGAAGUAUCUGAAACGGAUGAAGGGUUUUACUCUAGGGCUACUUCUGGUACAAGUCAGUCUGCCCUAUCUAACAGCAGCACUCCGAGCAGCAAGAACCUCUUAGGGAAGAGCCAACGAAGGUCUGGAGGAAGCAAAUCUGGAGGAAAAGAAAAAGAAGGGGAAACCUGCAGAGAGCAUUUAUCACGGAAACAAACUCAGAGAGCCAUGAGUGAGAAUCUAGAGCUUGUCUCUUUGAAGAGACUGACACUGACAACCAGUCAGUCCCUGCCUAAGCCUGGCAGCCAUAGCCUGGCCAGAACGACCACUACUGUAUUUAGUAAAUCCUUUGAACAGGUCAGUGGUGUCCCAAUUCCAAAUAAUCGUGGUGGUGUCUCUGGUACAGAGGCAAACAGGUUUUCAGCUUGUAGUCUUCAGGAGGAAAAAUUGAUAUAUGGAACAGAAAGAACAGAUCUGCCUAUUUUAAGCAAACAACCUAAUCAACAGCGACCUCCUAGUAUUAGCAUAACUUUGUCAACAGAUUGAUAUUAAAUUGGCCAGUAUAAAAAAUAGAUUACUGAGACUUUAUCCUGAUAUUGGUACAUUAAGCUCUUAAUAUGCCAUACCUUACUUCCUUAAGUCUCAAACCCGUAAAUUCUUACUUGGCUCAUGUUUGACAGUAAUAGUGAAUAGACAGCAGUUACAAUUAUUUUGAGUCAACUUCUGAUAGCUUUAUAGCUUCAUGAAAAGUUUGUCUUCACUAGCUGAAUGAGCAUUAAUUGGUUGGUUGUCACUGACCAAGGUGUGUGGCUUCUUACAGAUGCACAAUGCAGGAACAAAUAAUGUCUCUCCCAGAUUAUACUUCUUGUUUUCCACUUGGCAUAGGCAAAACCGCAAGUACUUAGGGUUUUUGGGGAGGAGUCUUGCAGUAUUGUCAUGCAAUUUUGGAAGAGCGUUGUAAGAACAUUUUAAGCUGUGCUUACAUGUAAGGUUAAACUAGAGGCAUCACUUCAGUGUUUGAUGUUCUGGUGGCUUUUGUAUUGAUAGUUAGUACAUGUAGCAAUGUUCAUACUUCUUUAUGCCUGUAUAAGUCAAAUUUUAGAUGCUUUUUGGUUUGUCUAUAUCUUCAAAACUGGGCCUAAAUUAAUACAGCAGCAGUGCUUGUAGCUGGGAGUUACUAUCAAUUGCUGUAAUAGUCACUCUUUAGGCUUAAAAAUCAUGUGACAUGCUCUUUCUUUAGGAGUCUUGAAUAUCAGUUCCAAAACUACUCAGUGAAAAGUUGGUCUUUUUUUGUGCUUGAGAUUAAGAGAAUACUACCAAAGGAUGUGUACUUUCAGUAACUUGCAAGCACAAAGGGAAACUAUAAUGUAAAUAUACCUAGCACUGUAAUUCCUAGGGUUUUUUGUAUCUAUUAUUUUUCUAGUUUGAAAUUCUAAACCAGCAACCUGUUCAAGGUUUUACCUAACCUUUGGUGAGUUUGACAACAACUUUUAUAAUGUUUUUAAUUAAAAAUAGACAUUAAAACUUCUUAUGCAGAAAUCUGAAGAAGCAGUUGCUGACAAAACCACUCCAGUAGCAGUUAUUAGCUGAUGAACAGACAACUAAAUAUAGUGGAGAAGUAGGAUGAAGAUCUAAGGCAUAGUUUCUCCCAACUAUCCAGAUUUCUGCAGCUGUUAAUCCAUUUUUGUCAAGACAUUGUAAAAAAACCCAAACACUAAAAUUCUGGUAGACUUUCUAAUUUGUGUGGAGAUAAAUUUAGAUACUUUUGACUUAAACUGAAGCACAAGUAAACAGCUAGUGUUAUUUAGGCUUAUAGCAGUUAAUAAGCUGGGUAAUUAAUGAAAAGAGUAAGUUGUCUAAGUGUACUGAUAAGACCACAGACUGGAUGUGUACAUUCCUGAGAAUUCACCAAAGUAUGCUGAAUAACCCCAUCAGUCUGUAGGUGUUUAUAUUUACUAGAGAUCCUGAGUUUAAAGGAGAAUGCCACAAUUUCUCAUUCUUCAUUUUGUUCUGUGACACUGUUCUAUUCUAGUAAUGCAGUACUUCACCUUUUUACAGUGAAGUAUUUUCCUAAUUUUACAUGAAAACUUAUAUUCCUAAUGGAUAAACUACAAAUUUGCCCUGUUUUUAAUAGUUUGGCCAGUGAGGAAAAACUGGUUCUUUGAGGUUGUUUUUGUAAAUACUUUCUACAGCAGAAAAUUUAGCCUCUUUUUUUACAGGUUUUUCUGCAAUACAUAUUAGACAGACAUUUGUUUCACAUUGACUAAUACAUCUGGGUGCUGGACAUGCAUAACCACUAGCAACAGCAGGGUGUUAGGCAGCUGAUAGUAGGCAUUGGCAGUCUCUACACACACUGAAUGCAGAGCUCUUCCUUCCCUUGAAAUAUGAUCUAAAUGUUGCAAAGAAAUAACCUGCAGAGCUUACACAACAGUUUCCUAGUCUACUUUUGCAGUAUAGGAUCUAAAGAACAUGUUAGAAAAAAAUUGCAGUAAUUUAAACUGACAUAAAGCUAGAAUAGAUAAGUAAAAUUACAGCAGACAAGUAUUUGCUGUUACGGUAUUAGUUGCGAGGUAGUGUAGAGGGGCUAGAAUUUUUGAUAAAUCUGCUGGUUUUGCUUUGUUUCAUUUAAUUCAUAAUUGUUUGUUUCCUCCAUGGUAAACACUCUUUCAAGCUGGGUGUGGUAUAAACUAUAUUUAUUACACUGGGAAGAUUUAGCUCUAAAUAAUUAGGAUUUCAAAUUAGGAUCUAAAAUGCCAUAAAGUGUAGAUAUGUAACAUAAUGUUUCCAGUAGUCUUGGCUUCAAGCCAAAUGGUGUUGAAAGGAAGUUAGUUUAUAGUUUUAUUUUAUCCAGCUGGUCUGGCCUGAAACCAAGACAUAGGCUCAUAUUGGUACAACUGAAAUAACAUAAUUCUUCAUGCAUUUUUUUAGAAAAUGAUAAAAGGAAAGGUUCUUGGUACUAAGGACUGUUCUGUCCCUACAUAUGUGGCUUCAUAUAAAACCAUUUGUAUUGGUCUCUGGAGUAACUUACCCAGUGAUGAGUGUGUUUUUGUGAGCUGACAUCACACCUUCAGACUGAUCGAGUCUAAAGAAUUUCUUUCCUGAGUACCAAAACUUUGAGUUGUGCUUCUUUAUGUUCUUAAAAAUUGAAAAGUUUUUUUUUUAAGAAAAGGCACAACAGGGGAGAGUGAGGGCAGAAUUAUUUGUUGUCCAAAUAUCCAUGGUUCAUGAUUAGGAGAGGGGUGGGAAGAGCAGUGGGGGAAGUAGGGCAGGAAGCAGGUAUUUCUAAAAUUGUCAAACUCUGGGGGUUUGAGCAUUAUUCAAUCAUUUCAGACUGUCAAAUGGAAAAUCUUUGUUAAAGAAGUAGAUAUCUUCUAACAGUGUAAAGGAAACCUGUUAAGGCACCACAUAUUAGUCUGCCUGGGAGUGGGUAGUUCUGAUGAAUACCUUCCAAACAUACACAGCUGCACCAUUCUGCAGGGAAAAUGUUAUGUAGGAGUGAAUCAUCUCGCACUGUAAUAAGAGAAGUUGUUUCAAUGCUGACUUUUAUGACUGACCUUACUGUUCCAAAUCAGAGGGCACUGUUUCCAAGGAUGGCUUUGAACAGCAGCACUUGCAAAACUCAUUGAGGCUAAGAAGAAUUAUUUUUUGUUCUGAGAAUAUGUAACAUUUGUGCAAAAAGUGUAUGCCCUCUAACCACUUGCUGUAGAGCUGCAAUGACUUUUCUGAAUGGAUCUAAAUGUCUUGAAUUGCCUUGAUUACCUAGCAAAUUUGAAAGGUACAUAAAUAGAGCUAUUUUAGCCACACUUCUCUCUAAGGAGGUUUCCUGUGAGAAAUUCUAGAAAUUUCUAAUGUAAUUGUCCAGUACCUUUUGUUGGUGUUUUGAGGCUUACAGUGCUGUAUAUAGAUGUAUAAUAUAUUGCCUUUUGUAUUUGUAUAAAUCUACUUCUAAGAUUAGAUGUGCACAUUUGAUACUCCCUGAAGUCUGUGGAAUAUCUGUAUCAGUCUAUAGAUGUCUGUCUUCACAUGAGAACCUGAAUUUAAGCAACUGCCCCACUUUCAUUCUUCAGCUCAUUAUGUGAUACUGUUUUAGAAACACAGUUUUCCACCAUUUUUGCAGUGAAGUGUUCUCUUGAUUGUACAUGAAAACUUACAUUCCUAAUGUAUAGGCUACAAGAUUGUCUUUUUAGUGUUAAAUAAUUUUGGCAGUAAAAUAAAUUUGGGUUUUU